AUGGCUGGGAAUGAUGAAAACUACUCUGCGGAACUCAGGAACGCUUCUGCCGUCAUGAAAAAUCAAGUGGCAAGGUUUAACGACCUGAGAUUUGUGGGCAGAAGUGGAAGAGGUAAGAAGUUUGAUUACAAAAUGACCAAUCCUGCAUAG